GACGUCAUCGCCAGCAGCGGCACGUGGCAUCAUCAGCGCGCGACGUGAACGCGCGCCAAAAUUUUACCGGCAGCAUCAGAAGCAGUCGUACGCAGCACCGCCCUGUCUCAUCAUCAUCAUCAGCACUGCCCUGUCUCAUCAUCAUCAGCACUCUGUCUCAUCAUCAUCAGCACUCUGUCUCAUCAGCACUGCCCUGUCUCAUCAUCAGCACUGCUAUGUAUCAUCAGCGGCACGCGCCAAUCAAUCAUAAGUACUGAUCUAUAAUAAUAAUCAGCAACACGCGCUGUAAUACGACGCAAGCAGACUGCGAGUACAUCACCGAUCAGCGCUCAUGCCGCGAUCAGCAUGUCACUCAUCAUCAGCACGCCGCAAUCAAUGAUGGGCACGCGCCAAUGAACAAGAGAACCAUCAUCAUCAUCAGCUGUCCGUGACCUCGCCAGCAGCUGGAGUUGGGAUCCCCGCGCCUUCUCGGCCAGACACGGCCAUGCCAAACAGAGGCAAGAAGCGCAAAGCCGCUGGAACUUCGUCACAGGCUGGAUCCAUACUCGCCUUCUUCCGACCCCGCUCGCCUCCCAAGCAGUUGUGCCAGGCCUUGGGUUCUGAACAAAGCCCCAACAGCGGGGGAAACGGUGGGGAAAGCACUGGACAGGUGACCAAGCGAGCCAGGAAUGAUAACCAUGCUGUGGCAAGGUCGCCGAAUCACCCAAGACAUGAGGAUGAUGAGUUACAGGAUCCGAAUUUGGAGUCCUGCAGAUUUGAGACGCACAAGAAGCCUGGAACCGCAGAACGAGGCAAUGGCAGCGUGCAGGAAACACCCACGGUGCCACUUGCUGCCAAGCCACACAUGAGUCCAUACUUCAAGCGGACGGAGGCUGGGCACGAGAGAGAAGAGAGCCAAGGAGCUGCCCAUAGGAGGAAUCUGUCCUCCAAGCUGUCUCGGACAUUCCUGAGAAGUGGAAGCUCGUCGAAAAUAGGUGUUUGUAUAAGGCUGUUUGACGGUGAUGGAGAUGUUGAUGCUGGCAAAUGGACGGGAGAGACUGAGGUGGAGCCUGGAGGUCAGCCCAGUGGAUCACAGAAAGAAAACGUGAAGGUGACAGUUUCAUGCCAUAGGGAGCAAUCCCUGGGAUCUGGAAAAAAAAGUGACCCCGAAGAUGCCUGCAUUGACUUGACGGCAUCGGACCGUGAAUGCAAAAGACUGAAGCAGUCGUCCAAACUGAGACGUAGUACAAGGAAGACGAUCAAUUACUUCAAAGAAACACUGCCUCCUAAGGGUAAAGAAGUGACUGCUCGUGGCUCGCUAGCUAUUAUACCUGGAAAAGAUGCGUCCGAGCCCGACGAGCUUAGGGAGCCACUGCAAAAUUCAGAGACAAAACAAGUAAGUGGGAGAGAAGAGGCAGGCUCGGCAGCCAAGAUUAUGCAAGUGACAAAUAACAAGGGCAUCGCUGAUGAUUGCAAAUUAGAACGCGCACCCUCUUUGAGGAAGCGGCCUUCGGCAACAGCUCCUUUGGGUACGGAGGCAUCGCGAGUGUCUCGUGAAAGCGGGCCCGGCGUCACAAACUUGCCCAAGGACACCAAUGGCAAUAAAGCAAAUCGGACAUCGAAUGAACGUCGAUCUCGGCCGUCCGCUGAGAAGGCAGCCCACACGUGGGGAGAGGAGGAGCCUGAGGAGGGCGAGCUGGGUGAGGAUGACAGCGAGGACGACGGUGUGUCUGCAGACGUGGGGGAUGGGCGCCCCGAUUUAUACCUCGAGAACUUCCUGACGGUGCUCCGCACCGUGAUGAGACACGAACACGACCGGGUGCUCUUCAACAACGAAGACAUGGCCAUCAUCGGCAAAUUCCAUUCCCUCUCAGAAGCUGCCCAGACGUUGUACGUGCGUCUGUUCCAGAGGAAGGUGCGCUGGCUGCCCACGGUUACACUGAAGUACACGCGCAUCGCGGCCGACCUUACGGCUGCCCUGGACGAGCUGAUAAGCUCGGAGCUCCUGCAGUCCGAAUCUGAGCUGACGGACGUAAGUGAAGCUCUGUCCGUGCUGCCGGCACCUGAGUUGAGGUUGGUGGCGCGGUCCUUUCACGUUCCCGUCGCCGGUGGCGUCCACAGACAGCAGCUGGUGGAGGCAUUAGCACGACUCGCACACCAGCGCUCCGUCCUCAGCCUCAUGGGUGCACGUGGCACGGACGCCAACCCGGCCGUUCUGCGCAGGGCCCGCGAGCGGCUGGGCUGCUGUGUGCGUGUGCGCCGGGCCCUGCGGGCCGUGUUCUCGCGCGCGAUGCUCCUCUUCUCGCCGGCCGAGUCCCCGGACGAGGAAGACGCGGCGAGUGGCGGCCAGGGCUCGCUUCUCACCGUGCUCAUGGUCGGCAUGGCGCGUCUGCGCUUCCCGGCGUACACCGUGCGCCGCCAGACCCACAUCUUCCCCAGCCGCGACGCCCUCCUCAGGUAUGAGGCCGCCUCGCAUAGCCUCAGUGAGAUGGAUCAAGCGAUGAGCAGCAACAAACUGGAGGAUGCGUGCAGCCUGUACCGCACCGCCCGUGCCAUCUGGGACGAGAUGAAACGGAGCUUGGAUUUCAGUCACGAGGAGGCGCUGCCCUUGCACCUGCGCUGCAUGUCGGCCGGCUGGGCCUACACACGCAUGAUGUCACGUGGGGUGGAGAUCCUGCAGCGACUGCAGCUCUACCCGGAGGCGGUAGAGCAGCUGCACUCGCUGUUGUCGCAGCAGACGUACUGCAUUCAGCGCCGUGGAUCCUGGUGGGACCGCCUGGCACUGAACCUGCAGCACCACCUCAAAGACACGCCAAAAGCCAUUGAGGCCAUCCGGCGGGGGCUGACGGACCCGUACGUGCGCACGGGACAGAGGCUCGCGCUGCACCAGCGCGCCGUGCGUAUUCGCGAAUCCCCGAGCUGCAAGGCUCUGCGCCACCUACUGCGGGACCUUCCCACCGUCGAGUACGACGAGGCGCCCAAAGUGACGAUCCGUGGCAAGGCCUGUCCCCAGACGGGCAUGGGCAAGUCGGUGUUCUUGCGGGAGGAAGAGGAAGAAGCCAUGGAGGUGGAGGCUGCGGGUGGGAGCAGAGACGGAGUGGGCACCACCACCACCACCACCAUGGUCAUGUGCUCUGUGGAGGAACUGGCCCUCGCCCACUACCGCUCACAGGACUUUGAUCAAGGGCUGCACGGCGAGGGUGCCACGUUCUGCACACUGUUUGGCCUGCUGCUGUGGGACGUCAUUUUCUCGGACACUGUCCCUGACGUAUUCCUCAACCCCUACCAGGGCUUCCCACUGGACUUGUACACGGACGGCUUUUACGAGAACCGGCGCGAGCUGCUGGACGAGCGGCUGGCACAGCUACGCGGGGCGACGGGCGCAGAGCUGCAGGAGAUCGUGGUGGCGGCGUGGACGGCCCACGAGGGAGAGGCGUGCGGCCUCGUUUCGUGGGAGCGCCUCAUGACCCUCAGCCAGGCCACGAGCCUCGUGGCGAGCCUGGGCGGGCGUCUCCUGGCUGGUGUUUGUGAGCGUCUUGCCAAGAACCUGCGACACAACCGUGGUGGCCUCCCAGACCUGGUGGUGUGGAGCAGCCAGACCCUGCAGUGCAAGCUGGUGGAGGUGAAGGGGCCCAAUGAUCGGUUGUCCCAGAAGCAGCUCCUGUGGCUGCAUGAGCUCAUGCAGCUGGGCGCACAGGUGGAAGUGUGCCAUGUCACCGCAUAUGGAGCCAGGGCUGCCAGACUGGAAAACUAACGUGGCCUUAAGACGAUUUCUCAUACCUUGUUUCCAUUAGUAUUGGGAACCAGCCUGUGCUGACCCAGGAAUAUCUCAAUCUGUGGCCAUCCUGCUAUUUAUGUCUGUUCCAUGAACUCACUCCCACUGCUCCACCUCGCACCUCCUCCCAGGAAGUUUACCUAAGUGACAUCACAAUACACUCUUUGCGUCCGUGAUGACCCCGUGAAAUCACUGUGUUCCAAGGUUGGGCAACUCGGUUCUGAUCCCAAUUAAGAUCGGUGUGGCAUGAGCAUGCCUGUUGCAGGAAAGCGAGCUCUUGGGGCUAGCCUGUUCGCAUGGUUCCUGCAGUCUAUGGAAAUGAGGCAUUGGUGGUCUCUGCUUUGGAGUGUUUCCCUUGGUGCCAGCUGAAUCUUGGUGAUUUUUAAGUCCGGUGCCUUGAACAAAGGCUUAGACCCAUCAUAAAGGAACUUCGUCCUCAACAUUUAGCUACCAAUGAUCCACCAUUCCACGUCUUAGCACAAAAUGUGUGCAAAGUAGAUUAAAUAACACCUGAAUGUAGAUUUGCGCGUCUAUAUUCAGGUUAGACUGGAUCAUGAGGACUUGCCUGUACAUGAUAAAAUGGGUUUCUUCCACGUGGUUGCCUUUACAGCAAGAUUAAUUUGGCUUAUUCAUUUUUUUUUAUUUAAAAAAUGAAAUUCGGCUUUCGUAUAGGUCAGAGUAAUAAUACAGGAGUGAUUUUACUGCCAGUGAACAAGCAACAAAUAAUCUGCAAAUUGCAAAGGUUUACAUUUCAGAAUAGAUGCGCUACCCCCGAGAGCAUGUUUGUGCCUCUCGUAUGGAGUUUAAUACAACAUCCAAAAAUAUUCUUAUACAGUGCCAUGAGAAGUGUUAACUGUGCAACCGUUGUGUUUUACUAUUCAAGCUCAGGGUGCACAAAACAUUUAAAGCGCAAUUUAACCUGUGUGGGUUAUUAAAUGUUCAUCUAACUUUAAUUUCACAUUUGACACGCUGUGCUUUCAGACUAAUUAUGCUUUUUUUGAGUGCAAAAUUGUCAAAUCGUGAAUGUAAAAAUACGCCGAGUAAAUGCACUAAAAUUA